CUAGAAAUGGUUACAGGGUUGGAAAUCCCUCCCCACUUCCAAACAUGGACAGGAAGCGAAGAAGACCAGAUGGUUAUUACAAUGGCUUUGGGCACCGCCCAAAUAAAAUCCCCAGGGAAUCUCCCAGAGGAAAUCCAGCGCCAGGCAGAGGUGGAUACCACAGGCAAGGCCCCAACUUCCCACUGGACCUGUGGUCAUUCCUUGGUAAUCUGGAAAACAGUGAUCGGCAGAACACCGUUUUACCGUUCCUCCUGAAACAUCGAGAUGAAUUGGCAGAAAUACUCAAUAGGAUGGAGCUGGGGAGCACUGAAGUCCACUGUGUGAUUAGGGGCCUAAAGAUAGCAGCAGAAAUGGCCACCAGCAAAGAAGAGACUCGACGCAUUCUUCAGUUAGUGAUCUGCUCUGUGUUCCUGCUGAGGAGCUUGCUUCAUUCCAUAGCCGUCUUCCAUGACUGUGACAGCCAGAUUGACAAAGGCGCCCUGGACAAUCUCAUUGGGUUUCUUCGCCACCUGGUGCUGGUGUUUCCUGAGAACAUUCAAACCCACAUCUCCAUUCCUGUGGACUUGCUCAGUGCCCGGCUGCAGAGACUUCAGAGCUUGGGUUCUCGGUUUUCUUGGCCUGUGAAGAAACAGCUGCUUGACCUCGUGUGUGCUGUCAAUGAGGCGUUCCCGAGAGAGCAGAGUGGGCUGAGGUGGGGGAUAUUCACCCAGGAACCGCCCAAAGACUUCCACCACCUUUCCAUCUUUCCCAGGUCCGAGGACAUGGUUGGCCCAGUGAACCCCCCGGUGCUCCCCAAUAAAGUCACGGGACCUUACGAGAGCAGUUAUGCCUACUUGGACACCCACUUCCGGCUCCUACGUGAAGACUUAGUGAAGUCGCUGAGAGAAGGCGUUACAGCCUGCCUUGCACCGAGGAGCCAUUUUGUGGAGGCAGCUGGUCAGAUCAGCGAGCUGAAGAUGUAUAAGAACGUCCAGGUUCUGCACCCGGUUUGCCAGUGGGAAGGAGUCACGUACAAGGCGCAGUUCGACGUGGACAAGUUUCGCCGCGGAGCCUCCUGGGGUUCCCGGAGAUUGGGGAAAGGGUCCCUGGUUUGCCUCCUGGCAAUGGAUUGUGAGGAGAUAUUCUUCGCCUCAGUAGCAAAGUGGCUGUCCCCAGGGCUGGUCUCACUCCAGUUCUCCACCAGUCACGCGGAACUGUCCAAGCAUAUCUACAGGCACCGCUUCAUCAUGGUGGAGUCGCCGGCUUUCUUCGAAGCCUAUCGAUACGUCCUCCGGGGGCUCCAAGAGAUAGACGUGAAGCGAGUCCCUUUCCAGCGAUACAUUGUGAAGUGUAAAUCCUCAGUCCAUCCACCUGCCUAUCUUCAGCAGCAGAACAUCAGCCUGGAUCUGCUGCCCUUGCUCAGAAACAUUAAAGAUGUGGGUGAAGCUGGGAUGGAGAGUGAUUUGCAGAAGGACAUCUGCCCACCAGUGGAGCCAGGACCAGACCAGACCCUUACAGAACAGCAGACAGAGGAACAGGGCCACCUCACAGAGGAUUCCUUUGAUCUGACUGAGGAUAGUGUUAGCUCAGCAGAAAUGAGAAUGGAGGAAGCAGCAGAGGAGGUGAAUCCAUUGGAAGAGAAAGUGAGGACUGCAGAGGAAUCGAUUCAACGCGUAGUUGAGGGUGAUGGGAACAUGGAAGAGGAGCAUCAUCCAGUAGCAGAGGGAAGCUCUGGCCUUGCAGGAGGGUUUAUCGAUAUCAGAGACCAGCCGCUCCAGCCAGCGGAGAAGACACCUGGCCCAGCGCUGGGCACUGCUGGCUCCACUGGGAGGGGCAGCAACCCAGCUGGGAAGAGCAUGGAUCCCGGACAGCUGAGGUGUAAGCCAAUGGGUCAAGGUGGGACCCCAAUGGGGCAAGGUGGCAACCUCACAGGGAAGAACAAGUACAAAGUCAAUCCAUUUAAGCAAGAUUUCCGGUCUCUGCGAUGGUUGAAGCAUUUUGACAGAUCUCAGCUAAAGGCUCUUCAAAAGGCCCUCAAACGGGAAUUUGCAUUAAUCCAAGGCCCUCCUGGAACAGGAAAGAGUUUCCUUGGGUUAAAAUUGGUGGAGCUGCUGCUACAUAAUCAGAGUCUCUGGCAGAACAACGAUGGGAAUCACAGCCCCAUUCUGAUCGUCUGCAAAACCAAGCAUGCCCUGGAACAGUUCCUGGAAGGGAUACUCGAGUUUAAACCCACGGGGAUUGCGCGUAUUGGGGGAUACCCCAGAAACAAGAAGCUUCAGAUGUUCUCCCUGGAGGCACUUCGCAGGGACACAUUACAGAAGAUCCUGACUCCCACACAGAGGCGCAGAUUCAAAGAGCUUAAAGAGAAAAUUGAAUCUAUUAAGGAAGACAUCAUGUACUGCUGCAAAAUCCUGAAACUGCUCCCAGAGGGAAUCCUACAUGAGAAGGAGUUGGAACCAGAAAUGAAGCUGGACAUGAAAGAGUUCGGACUGACCUCGAUCCCACUUGACAAUAUGGAGGAGAUGGUCAUAUUGAAGUGGCUGAAAAUUCCCUCUCACCUCUGGCCACAGAAUGGAACUGAGAGGGGGAUAUCUCACAGGAGGCAAGAGGCAGAAUCCAACAGAUACUUCUCAUACUGUCCAUCAGACAAAUCCCCUUCAACUGAGUUUAACUGCAGAUACAGAGCAGGCGAGGAUGAUGAGGAUGAGGUCGAGUUUGAUCUGGACAGCAGUGACCCCUGUGACCCUCCGUGCAAUGCUGAGCAGUGGGCGAGAGAAAAGUUUGCCUACACCACGGACACUGACACAAGUGAUACAGAUGCAGUGAGAAUUCGGGAAUACUUGGCAGAUCAAAGCAUCAUGGGGAAGGAGGAGGUCUGGAACAUCGAAGACGUUUGGGAGCUAAAUCUUGAUGAUCGAUGGCGUUUGUACAGGAAAUGGAAACUGGCCUAUGAAGAGAAAUUCCAAGCCUCUCUAAAUGAAAAUUUGUGUUUGUAUGAGAAAGAGGCCCAGGAUCUGUCAGAGUUGAUUGUAGAGGAAGACAUAAUGAUCCUUAAAACGACUGAUGUUCUUGGCAUGACAACCACAGGGGCUGCUAAGUACAGAGCUCUGCUACAGAAAAUUAAGCCACGAAUUGUGAUCAUGGAAGAGGCGGCUGAGGUACUAGAGGCCCACGUGUUGACCACGUUGACUCCACACUGUCAACACCUGAUCAUGAUUGGUGAUUACAAUCAGCUGAAACCAAAGUUAAUGGAUUAUAAACUGGGCUCUGAGUAUCAUCUGGAUGUAUCACUGUUUGAGCGGAUGAUUAAAAACCGGAUUCCGUGUGAGCAGCUGAGUCAUCAGCACCGAAUGAGACCUGAAAUCUCUCAGCUACUGGCCUCCGUCUUCUACUCCAAUCUCAAAGAUCACAAAUCAGUGUCACUCUAUGAGGAUAUCAAGGGUCUAGCAACAAAUAUCUUCUUCAUUGAGCAUCAGAUGGAUGAGGAUAAUAACACCGAGUCCCUAAGCCACAGCAACACUCAUGAGGCCCAGUUCCUAGCUGGACUCUGUCAACAUCUUCUGCGGCAGGGCUACACCACCGAGCGGAUCACCAUCCUGACUCCCUACAUGGCCCAGAUGUGGAGGAUCCGCUCGAUGGUCCGGGAACUUGGGAUGGCCUCCAUUUCGGUCAAGGCUGUUGACGAUUUCCAGGGGGAGGCAAACGACAUUGUUCUGCUGUCUCUGGUCCGUAGUAACUGGGAAGAGAGGACUGACCUCUUGCAGGACCAGAACCAUCUAUGUGUGGCUUUCUCCAGAGCCAGGAUGGGAUUCUACUGCGUGGGGAACUUCCAGAAGUUGCUGCAGAGCCCGGGAAGGAAGAUGUGGGAGAAACUCCUCCAGGUGCUGAAGGAAAAGGGUCUCGUGGGGAAAGGCCUCCCGUUGCCCUGUCCCAACCACCCAGAAGGCCGAAUCAUCAUCAAGUCCCCGCAGGAUUUCCAGCGGUUCCGUGACUGGGCCUGCGACCAUCCCUGUGACUCCCCCCUGGAAUGUGGCCACCUCUGCAAACACCGUUGCCACACGCACACUCGAGGGCAGCGGGGGUACCGGUGCAAGGAGCCCUGUGGCCGGGUGCUCUGCGAUGGGGGGCAUAGGUGCCCCAAGCGCUGUUGGGAAGAGUGCGGCCCGUGCAAGGAGACGGUGGAGAAGGUCUUGCCCAAGUGUGGGCACGCCCAGAUGGUGCCCUGCGGCCCCACUCCGGAGGCCGCACCCUGUGACCACCCCUGUGAGCGACUCCUGGAAUGCGGGCACCAGUGCCAGCAGCCGUGCAGCAAAAACUGCGCUGACUUCCCCUGCAUGGGCAAGUGCCCGGAGGUGCUGGAGUGUGGUCACCCGUGCGUGGGCACCUGCGGGGACUGCCUCGAGGGCCGGCUGCACCGGGGCUGCAAUCGGAAAUGCGGGCGGCUGCUGCUCUGCGGGCACCGGUGCAAGGACCCCUGUGCCGACAGCUGCCAGCCUUGCCGACUGCCUUGCGCCCACCGGUGCUGGCACGGCCAGUGCCAGAAGAAGUGCCGCGAGGCCUGCGACCCCUGCCUGAAGCCGUGUCCAUGGAGGUGCAGACACUACCAGUGCGGCCUGGCCUGCUUCGAGGAAUGUGACCGCCCUCGCUGUGACCAGCCCUGUGACCAGAUGCUUCCCUGCGGACACCCCUGCGUCGGCCUGUGCGGGGAGGCCUGUCCGACCCUGUGCCGCCUGUGCCACGCGGCCGAGCUGACCGCCACCUUCUUCGGCUCGGAGGGUGACCCUGAUGCCCGCUUUGUGGUGCUGGAAGACUGCGGCCAUGUCCUGGAGGUGAGCGGGAUGGACGGGCUGAUGGCCGAGCGUCCGCGCCCCCUGCAGCUAGAGACUUGCCCAAAGUGCAGGACGUCCAUCCGCUGGCAUAGCCGCUACAACAUGGCCAUCAAGAGGAGGUGGCAUGGCAUCAACCAAGUGAAGAGCAUAACCCUGGGCAGCUCGCAGGAGAUCGAGGAGAAGAAGCAGCAGCUGACUGAGAGCAUCAUCGCAGCCUCCAUCAACCUGCAUUACAUGGAGCAGAGAUACGACAUUCGCAAGAAGGUGGAAGUCUCUCAGUCCCUUCCAGAGCUGGCGGCCCUGGAGAGAGCUCUCGGCAUCUUCCGGUUCCUGGACAUGGUGAGAAAACAAGCAAAAGCCUGCACAGCGGCGCGCCAGGUAAGUUUGGAGUUGAUGCUGACCAGGCUGGACUGGUGGCUGGGCAACAGGCGGGUAACAUUCACCUCCCAGCAGCUGAGCGAGUGCAGGAACGAGAUUGCCAGGAUAUCCUACCGAGCUGAUUUGAUGCGACUGCUCAGUCACUGUGAGGCCAGGAGCGUGGAGAAGGCCGGGGAGGUGGUAAAGGCUAUCGACCCUCUCCUGGGAAAGCUGGAGGGGAAACUGACAGAGGAGAUAGAGGCGAAGAUCAAAGGAGACCUGGAGAAGAUCAGGGAGCUCUUCCCCUGCGAGGGGCUGUGGAUCUCAGAGGACGAGCGGCUGUCGGUGGCCAAAGAUAUAGAGAUGGCAAAGAGAGACUGGUACCAGUGCCCCAAUGGGCACCUGUACGCAGUGGAAGAGUGUGGUAUGUCGGCAGACCAAGCAGAAUGCCUGGAGUGCGCACUGAUGAUCGAAGGAGAAAGCCAACAUCUUGAAGAAGACGCUUCUCAAGCUGCCGAAAUGGAUUCCAGUUCAACCUGUGCCAGCAAUGCCUGAGUGGGUAACCUCUUACCCCAGAUCAGAAAGCUGUGAGCUCUUACCCCAUUCCAAAGAUUCGAAUCCAUAGUUCAGGCUGACAUACCCCAGUGUAGAACUGAGGGAGUGCUACGCUGUUAGAGGUGACAACUUUCAUAUAACGUGUUUAACUGAAGUCCUGUCGGCCCUCUCAGGUGAAUGUAUAAGAUACAUACGCACUAUUUAUGACUAAGAUCAGCAGAGUUCCUAACCGCAUCUUGACAACUAAUCAUCUCUCAACCAAUGUGAGUGAAACAAAUUAUCUGGUCGUAAUCUCACAUUUUUUAUUCAUUCACUGAUAAUCACUUGCAAUUUCCGCUUUUAUUGCCCACCCCUAUUUGCCCGUGAGAAGGUGCUGGUGAGCCACCUUCUUGAACUAAUACAGUCCAUGUGGUGUAGGUACACCCACUAUCCUAACUGGCUUUGGUCCCUAACCCGCUCUCCAAUAGCAAUGGGAAGGAGAUGGAUCUUCACACUAGGAAGACCGGAGAGAUCUGUUACAGUUCUGCUAAGACAAGACGAGUUCUAUGUUUCCUUGGUGUAUAAUAAACAGAAGACUGAA